AUGCACUUCAAAGUAAAAGUGAAACGAAGACACCUAAAACCCUGACAUUGAUAAUCAAACAAUUAAUUUCACGCAUUAGUCAGACAAUAAGCAGCCUUUUAUUUUUUUAGAUUUCACCUUUUCAAUUUACUGAGUCUUCCUGAACGCAGCAGGGCAACCCAAGAUGGUGAAAUUCGGGCUGCAGUUCAAAGCCACCCUAGAGAAUGUCACCAACGUGAGACCAGUGGGCGACGACUUUCGCUGGUUUCUGAAGCUCAAGUGUGGGAACUGUGGAGAGAUUCCUGAUAAAUGGCAGUACAUAAACCUGGCAGAGAGCACACCAUUAAAAGGAGGAAGGGGAAGCGCUAGCAUGGUGCAGAAGUGUAAACUAUGUUCCAGGGAAAAUUCAAUCGAUAUCCUCGGAGACACCAUUGCGCCAUAUAACGCUGUGGACAGUGAAAAGUUCAAAACGAUGGUGCAGUUUGAAUGUCGAGGCCUGGAGCCCGUUGACUUCCAACCGCAAGCUGGCUUUGCUGCACAGGGAGCAGAGUCUGGAACGCCAUUUCCUGAAGUAAACCUACUUGAGAAAGAUUGGACAGACUAUGAUGAGAAAGUCAAGGAAUCAGUGGGAAUAUAUGAGGUCACGCACCAGUUCAUCAAGUGCUAAUGAUGUCAUGUGACAUGUACGAAUGGUCACUAUUGGCAGACAUUGUCCAGUUUCCAGAUGGAUUCCGAAGAUGUCAGAGGGGUCACAAUGUGGCUUAUUCAAUAGGUGCGGCACACAUCAACUGAUAUGAACAUAUUAAUGGACACACUGCUCGAUUCUGAUUUCUUCAAUGCCCUCAAUAAAAUUAAGGUGCAGAUCUUU